AUUAGUUCAACGGUUGUUUUGUUUUGACAUAUUUAAGUAUUUUUAUGUAUACCCUAUACCCAAUAUUAAAUACUAUUAUUAUCACAAUUUAUCAAUUUAUAAAAAUUCGAAAUCAAGGUGAAAAAUUGAUUUUUUAAUUUGGAGAGAAUAAUCGACUUUUGAUAUGAGUUCUAUCAAGAAAAAAUUUUUGAACGACCCAGUGUUUGAUAUUGAUCCAAUUUCUGGAGCACCUGAUUCUACAAAAAAUAGCAUUGAAACUAAAUCAAGGAGAAUGGUAGAACUUAAACCUCUGCACUUGUUUGGAGAUUUUAAAGUUCCUGCCGAAAAAAGUUGUGAAAAAAAAACAAAAAAAACUGUGGAACUCAAACCCCUGCAAUUGAAGUUGGAGGAUUUCAAAGAACCAGAAGCCAAAUUGAGGAAAACUGAGUCUAACUCUGUGCGAAAAGGCCUAUUUACAAUAACAAACAAUAGAUCCGCCCAAGGAGGCAGAAGCUCUUUAAAUAAGCGAAAUUCAGCUGCCAGAAAAAAGUUAAACAAAAAGGUUCAAAUAAACAAGAAAAUAAACCCAGUUGAGCUAUCACCUUUAAUGAACUUGGAAGAAGUAGAAGAAGAAUUUUUGAAUAAGAAAGCAUCACUGAGGGGUUACCCUUUCAAAUCCCCAGCAAAACCUGUUCUUAAUUUUACAAGGAAUAAUCUGAAUAUGGAAACAAAGACAAAAAAAUUCAUGGUCCCGCAGGUGAUAGUGGAAGAACCAUCUGAAUCAUUCAUUGAAAAAGAACCUGAUAUAACUGAAGUUGUAAAAAUGGAAGAGCCCAAAACUCCAGAUUCAGCUUCUUCAAAUGAGUUUUUAAAAUUGGAACAAAUGUGCUUUACAGAAGAAAUGAGAGACUUGUGUAAAGAAUCUCCGAUAUCAUCAAUGUGUAAUUUACUGUCAGAUACAGGUUUGAGCAGUACAAAAAAGUCAAAAGUGAACCCCUACAAGGAGAGCAACGUUGCCAUAAACAUCAAAAAUAUAAUACAAUCUGAAGAAAUUGCUUUCAACCAAUACAGGGUUGUGCAUGAGGGGAACAUGAAAAAAUUGUUUCACAUACUUUCCUCAUUAGAAAAAAAAGCAGAGACCAUUUCCGAAGUCAAGACACCAGAUAAAGAGAACAACCCAAACAGAAGUAACAGAAGGUCAGUGAGGCUUCAGAAUAAAAGUCCACAUGGUGGAAAUAAUGAGAAACUCCUCAUCUCUCCCAGUAUUUUGAGAAGCGGUGACCUGCGUAAAUCUACUCUGAAGAAGAACUUAGCAGCUAGAAAUCAAGACCUGAACAAUCAAAGUCCUAGAACUCGGAGAGCUUUUAAUUUGUACAACACUCUCAGGGAAAAACAUUCAAUUUUGGAGACACCAAAACUGGAUAGAAAGGCUUUGGCAGAGACUCCUAAUAUGGGAAGAUAUAUUUCAAUGAAGGUUCAAAACCAAUGUCUGCUUCUACAAGACACUCCUGUACAUAAGUGAUUCUUUCAUAUUUUGAUGAUUAUUUAUUUUCUGUACACUGUUAUUUUUAUUUCUAUUUACUUAAUGUCGAUGAAUAAAUACUUACUUUUAAAA